AUGUCACGCUGUCACACCGCGUCUUUGCUUUAUGAGAGUCCUGACAUUGGCAGAGGCGGCGACGCCGACACCGGCGACUGCGACGAACACGUCGACGACGGGGAUGACCGGCACGACGGAGACAGACCGGGCCGAUUGUUUCCCGACGGUGACGCUGGACACGGAGAGGGUCACUCACGACCUCGCUGCAAGACUCGCAACGACUUUCCUUGCCCACGUCCUCUUCCUCAAAAAUCAGAUACCCUUCCCUGUCGCUCAACUGGCACGCAUACCAGACAAAGACACGCGUUCUCGAGCUGCGAAGAAACGACAGCAACUCCUCAAUUCAUUCGACACCCUCACCUCGCAUCUGUACACCACCUUCGUCGCCUUGUCGACAUCUCUUGCCCUCCGACGCAAAGCAUGUCAUGUAGAUACAACUGAGAUAUCAAGAAAAACAGAUAUUGAUAAAGUAUUCCUAGCCAUCGUAUUAGGUCCCACGAUUGGCACUGCAAAAUCUCGCCUUAUUAUGGGGAUUGAUGGCUUCGAGGUCAAAGUAUGGGGGUUAAGAGACGACGUCACCCGCUCCCCUAUGUCAGCAAAGACAGUCGAGUGCUCGCACAUGGAACACGACGACGAGUCAGAGGAAUCCGACAACCAUGAGUCGGAAGGAGAAGAUGUAGAGACAGACGACUCUACCGAAUCUCCAUACGAGACUGGCGAGGAGAGUACAGAGGACCAACCCUCUUCGGAAGAUGGAGAAGAAGACAGCUCAGGCGAAGAACCGCCACCACCCUCCAGAAGUCCAUCUCCAUCUCCCACUUCGUCUCCACCACCCCCACCACUAGCACCACCCCUAGAACAUGCGGCUCUCCCCCGACGCCACGAAGAGACUGACGACACCCUCCUCCGUACAGCCGAACGUCUCCUCUCGUUCACCCUUGCAAAGGCAUGCGCAGAGGAUGUCCAAGGUCAAGGAAUUGCUGCCGAACUGCCACCCACUAACAUCCAUAUCCUCAUCCGCGCACCCCGUCGAUUCACACAUCCUGCAUGGAUACCCCGUCAACCGUUUUCGCCGGCUUUGGACGAUUUCUUGGACGCAUUUUUGGAUAUGUCUGCGGACAGUAAGGCACCGAAAACCCUUCCGACAACCACCGGGACGGCGGUGGGAAAACAACAACACCGGAAAGGAAAUGUCCGGGUCGAGGGUAUCUGGGCUCGAGCACGUAGGUCGGGGAGCGGAUACCAGUCGAAAGCGCUGGGCGGUGUGAAGGGGAUUGAGUCGGAAAGUGAACCACGGAUCGAUAGAGAAGCUGCUGAUGCGGACGUCGAUGAACAAGACGAGUUGAUCUGGUGGGGUUGGGACGGAAAACUGACAGGGUUUACAGAUUGGUAGAGUCAACUCCGUUCUUUGCUUUCCCUCUUUACGAUGCAUAAUUUUGCGCUGUCCUUGCCGCACUCGAGUAGCAUUCACCAUACAUGCACG